UUUCAAUCUAGUUAAAUGGCUACACUUUCUGAAAGUAACAGGAUUCCGAGCUGACUUGAAAAAUGGCAACAAAUACAUAUAGUAGGGGCGAUUUCGAAAUUAAAGUGCAUAAAAAAAGAAUUGGCAGUUUCAACAAAUACUGUACACAGCUCUGUAAGCAAUCGCUUAUAACAGGUUUCCCUGUGAUCGCAUCCACGCGAAACUUGUUGCGCAAGAUCAUUAAGGUCCUAGUGUUUGUAGGGUGUACUUGCGGUUUCCUAUAUCAGACGUCAGAAUUCCUGAAUUUGUACAGGGCCUAUCCCACUAUGGUCGAUAUAGAAGUUGACACACCGGCGGAAGUGGACAUUUCGGCGCUCUCUUUUUGCAACGCAAACAGAAUCCGGCGAGAUGAGUUAUGUAGCAAAACUCCACAGGAUUGUUCCUAUUAUAACAACAUUACUGAAAUUUGUACCGAAUUACCGAAAUACUGUCCGAAACCCGUGAAUCCAGCAAAUAUAAUAAUGGGCAUUCCUCUAUUCCUUGCAUAUGAGAGAAGGAACCGCUCACGGGAAUAUGUGCAGAAUUUGGGGGAGCGGUUGGAAGAUUUUAUGGCUGAAUGCACGGUCAAAACACGCGUUCAACAACCUUGCAAGAAUCACGUGGAAGUUUCGUGGGUGGACAGCAAGGGCCUCCCGCACAACUGCUUCACUGUGGAAUCGCUUUGGGGAUUGCCGCAAAAGGAAGCACGAAAAAUGCCGCUCAGCGGAAGAAUUUCUCUCUAUUUAAAACCACAACCCGAACAAUAUCUAUUGUACUUUGACAUCGUCCUUGUACACAUUUUAAUGCACGAAGCCCAUAGCUUGGUGAAUCCCUUCAAAGAAGGCCUUGCCAUGGAAGUAGGGAAAACUUACAACAUCUUUAUCAACCAGAGAGUAACGGAGCGUCUUCCCGCACCUUAUCAGACAAACUGCACUGAUUACCUGAAGCUAUGGAAGAAAAAUGGCGGUUAUGGUCCCCUCACAAGAAAAGCAUGCACAGAACAAUGUAAAAUGGAGAACAUGUUAGAAACGGACGGGUGCGUAGCUCAAAGCAUCUCCUAUCCGGAAAAUUACAUAAUCUGUGACGAUGACGAAAAAUAUCCCUCUGACGAUCUUGUUAAGAAAUGUUCGCUACAGUGUAACGAUGCAUGCCGAGAGGUGUCCUAUACUUUAUAUCAAGAACUCGCAUAUGAUCAAACUGUAAAGUGUAAUGGGGAUGAGAACUGCAUGUACAAAGAUAUAUUUUUAAAUUUCAUUUUUAAUCGCUUGGAGGUUGAGAAGUUUUUGCAUCAACCGAGAUUUGAGGAUGUCGAGAUGUUCAGUUAUAUCGGUGGCUACAUGGGCAUGUGGCUGGGAAUCUCCCUGGUGUCUCUCUUUGACUUCCUAGAGACACUGGUAUCCCUGGCCUCCUACACGUGCAGGAACAAGAAACAGAAGAAGCCAGUGCUGAUAUGCUGA